AUGAGAGCGAUCGGAUCCCACUCACCGCUGUCAGGCGGGUCAAAAAGACAUACUGUGUGUUCAUUUAAUACCAUGUGUUUAUUGAUUCCUGUACAAAUCUAAGAUUAAAAAUAAUGAUACUAAUAAAUAAUCGACAUGUUGAACAAAAACGCGGCCAAUGUUUAAAAAAAUGUUUGGCUCUUCUGCUUUCUGUCCUGACAAUGAUUGGGUCAGGAUUCAUAGUUGGAUUCGGAAUUCAAACUCUUCGUGAAGUUUCUUUCACUGCUUCAGUGAUUGGAACAAAUUUGAUUGUGUACUGUCCAUAUCUGUUGAUUCUUGUGGGGAUUUUAAGUUUUGUGAUGACACCUGUUAGAUUCUUCUCGAUUAUUUUGAAUGAUAACAAAAUUAUGAUAACACAUAUGUUUGCAACAAUUUUUUUUGCUACAAUAUGUGCGAUGACAGCAAUUUUGGGUUAUGACCUUAAUUCUCACGUAAGCAGCUCUGACAUGGAGCAUUGGAUGAAGCAUUCAAUCAAGGAAGAUUAUGGGAAUCCAACAGCACCUCAUAUAAUGGAAGAGUGGAAUAAAGCUCAUCGGCAGUUCAAAUGUUGUGGAGUACGAAACCUAACGGACUUCGUGGAGAGUAAAUGGUACAUAAUGCAGAAGAAGCACCCAAGGCAGCGAAUUCCAGAUAGCUGUUGUGCUAGUUGUGCAACAAUGCAUGAAAGAUUCUGCGUUGCAUUUUUCAAAGAGCCCGGAAAUCAGCCACAUCAACUGGUUAAAAAUCAAACUAUUUGCUUACAAGCUAGUAACGGGUGUUUAUCAGCGGAUUCUUCAAUCGCUAAUCGAGAAGUUUGUCAACACUAUUCUUCUGACUAUCGUCUUUCUGCGGAUGCUUAUCGAUAUACUGGUGGAUGUCUGGAGCCACUCCGUACAACGCUGGAGUUUUUCUCAUUUAGAAUUUUUAUUUAUUCACUUUCUUUCUUAGCUUUUUUAGCAUUGAGUACAUUAAUUUGGUUGCUGAAUUAUCAGAUCAGCAGAGAAGCAUUGCCAUUUCAAGUUAUCAAAUGAAUUUGUUUAUGACUA